UUUGUGUUUCAUCACCAGCUGUUUGUGUUAUUUUCGAGGACCUUGGAAUGGAGUGUCGAGUUAAAGUACACGAGUUAAUGUUUACAGCCUCUGGCAGAAGAGUCUCCAAAGGCAGGAGCUGCGAAGGCUGGCCUGAGGCACCAUGAAGUGGGAGGGCUUCUACGCUAUCGUGAUCGGAGUGAACCGCCAUGCCACGGCCAUCGGGCGCAUCUGGUUUUCCGUGGUCUUCAUCUUCCGCAUCAUGGUGCUGGUGGUGGCGGCCGAGAGCGUCUGGGGUGACGAGCAGUCCUCCUUCACCUGCAACACGCAGCAGCCCGGUUGCAAGAACGUCUGCUAUGACUACUACUUCCCCAUCUCCCACAUCCGCCUCUGGGCCCUGCAGCUCAUCCUGGUGACCACACCGGCCUUGCUGGUGGCCAUGCACGUGGCCUACCAGCAGCACCAAGAGAAGAAGUUCCUGGUCAUGACCGGCCAUGCCGACGCCAAGCACCUGGAGGAGGUCAAGAAGCACAAGAUGCGGAUCUCUGGCUCGCUGUGGUGGACCUACGUCUUCAGCGUGAUCUUCCGCAUCAUCUUCGAGGGCACCUUCAUGUACAUCUUCUACAUGGUCUACCCGGGCUACCAGAUGAUCCGGCUGGUCAAGUGCGACGUCUACCCGUGCCCCAACACGGUCGACUGCUUCAUCUCGCGGCCCACCGAGAAAACCAUCUUCACUGUCUUCAUGCUGGCCACCUCCGGCAUCUGCAUCGUCCUCAACGUGGCCGAGGUGGUGUACCUCCUCAUCCGGGCCUGCGCUCGCCGGGCCCAGAAGCCCCACAACCCUUCCUCGGGCAAGGGCUCCUUCCUGGGCCACAAGCUCUCCUCUGAGUACAAGCAGAACGAGAUCAACCAGCUGCUGACGGAGCAGGACGGCUCCCUCAAGGACAUCCUCCGGCGAAACUCGGGGCUCCAGGAGAAGGGGGAUCGCUGCUCGGCCUGCUGAGGGCCAUUGGGGGGCAUAGGAGGAGGGGGAAUCCCUUCUGUGGACCGCUGUGGCCCCCAAGGCCUCCUGAGACCCACCACACUCACGUACUGCCAUGACCAAUGCCAUCUUCUCAAAGGCCUCCUUUGGCGGACUGCUGUGGCCUCCCCAGCUACGUGACAUCUACCACAUUCUCCAUGAUUUCCCAAAGUCCCCUUUUCAGUCGCCUCCAUGUUGCCAUGUAUCUCAAUGGACUGGGUGGCCAUUGCUAUAGUCACAUCUUCCCAUUGCUACGCCUUUCUUGGCACCUGCUUCAGUUGGGGACCAUUGGCCAGUACCUUCCUAUGUGGAUGUAAUAAAAAUGGGGACCAUCACCUCAAUAUAGCCGCUCUUCUUUGGCCAGUGGAGAGUAGCACUCCUUGUAGCAUUAAGGCACAACAGUGCAGAGCUGAAGGCCUCUCCUCCUGCCCUUUCCACCUGCAAAGCCCCUUCUCCUCCUUGGUUUCCUCCAUAGCUCCCACUCAUGGCUGCCAUUGUACUCCCAGCUCCUUGGGCUCAGCAGGGAAAGUGAACUGUGCCGUCAUACCCGGGCACCUAUGGUCAAUUAAGAUGUGCUUCUUUCUUUGCCGGGUAAACUGCGGGGCCUUACUUUACAGCUCAGGAGUCCUAGGCCACUUCAGAUUGAACAUUAAACAAAAUUUUAUUUUCUCAAAGUCCUUGUCAGGCUUGGCACAAGUUGUUGAGGUUACAAAUACAAACAGUCAACUCAUAAAAUCAUGCAGAUGUUUCUUUCUUACUUUUCCCUUUAGCUGCUGGGUUAACUUCUUCCAAUAAUGAAGAGAUCCUGUGAUGCUCUCUACUCUAGCCCUGAGUUGCUAUAUUAGAAACAGCAGGUCUUCCCCUAUCUAAGCUCAAAGCUAGAUUGGAGGAGUAGUUGGAGCUUCUUCCAAUGGCAGAGAAAUCCUGGGAUAUUCUCUGCCCUACUGCUGAGUUGCUAUUUUAGAAAGAGCAGGUCUUUAUCUAAACUCAGAACCAGUUUUAAAGGCAAGAGGUUAGUACUUAAAAUGGCUUGUCUAAGCUGGCCUGGCUUGACCACACAAGCACAUCUUAGUUCUUUUCUCUUCUGUAGAAGGCAAAAAAGGCUUCUCAAAAUGGAGAUUUCAUCCCCAGGAAAAGGGAGAAAAGGAUACUUUGCAAGCCUACAGCAGCAAAGGCUUUGCUGAGCUAGCUACAAACCUCUGUUGAUGGUUAACUAUCAGGGAGUUGCUGAGUCUGUAGCAACCCUGGAAGAAAUGUAAAAAGGUGCUAUUUCCUACAACUAUGGGACAAUGCAAAUCAAACCCCUGGGAGACGGAACAUGAACUGUGUCAUCAAGCCCAAUAUGGCACAAUCUUGUCCCUGUGUUUGCUCUUUGGGUGCCUUGGGAAUAGCCUUCAGACGCAGCAAUAGCCAGUGUGUUCCUAAACUGUGACCAGACCCAUGCUUGCUUCCUUACGCCUUGAAUUUUCUAUCCUGGGUCUGCCUUGAGUUGGGGAGGCGGGGAAGCAUUUGCAGCCAUACUCAAUGCAAGAUGUUCACUUUUUGCAGCACGGUUUCUGUGACCUGGAUCGAUGCAACAAAGAGAAGUGUCAAGGAGGGCUCUUCUCCCUGUUGCUGACACUGCCUUGCGUGGCGUUCCCCGUGUGGGGAAAUGGUGCCAGGUGAGUGCUCUUCUUUAGCCGGGUGCAAGGAGAGCGCCCAGGCUGCUGUAGUAGCCACUUGCUGCAAAGCACACUGUACCAAAGGAGUUGCAGUAUUAAAAUGGUUUUACAGUU